AUGGCCUGUUGCUUGAGUGAUGAGGCCAGAGAACAGAGACGAAUUAAUAGAGAGAUAGAGAAGGAAUUGAAAAAGCACAAGCGAGAUGCUAAACGCGAAUUAAAACUGUUACUUUUAGGUACUGGUGAAUCUGGCAAGAGUACUUUUAUCAAACAAAUGCGAAUUAUCCAUGGUAAAGGUUAUACAGAUAAUGAUAGAGCCGAAUUUACUCAACUCGUAUUCCAGAAUAUUUUCACUGCGAUUCAAGCACUAAUAAAGGCGAUGGAAACGCUUAAUAUCACAUAUGAGCAUCAAUCGAACAGGCAACGAGUAGAUGUAGUGCGAACCGUCGAUCCCGAAACUGUUGGUAGCCUUAGUAAAGAACAUGUUGAAGCAAUAGACAGCAUUUGGAAUGACAGCGGCGUGCAGGAAUGCUAUGAUCGUCGCCGUGAAUAUCAGUUAUCAGACUCUGCGAAAUACUAUCUUACAGAUUUGCAUAGAUUAGCAGAACCAAAUUAUUUACCGACUCAACAAGAUAUUUUACGUGUUCGAGCGCCUACAACAGGAAUUAUUGAAUAUGAUUUCAAUUUGGAUACCGUCAUGUUUAGAAUGGUGGAUGUAGGUGGUCAGCGUUCAGAACGUCGUAAGUGGAUCCAUUGCUUCGAGAAUGUCACCUCUAUCAUGUUUCUAGUUGCUCUUAGUGAAUACGAUCAAAUUCUUGCGGAAGCUGAUUCCCAGAACCGUAUGGAAGAAAGUAAAGCCUUAUUCAAGACAAUCAUUACCUAUCCUUGGUUUCAAAACUCGUCUAUUAUAUUAUUCUUAAAUAAGAAAGAUAUUCUGGAAGAGAAAGUACAAAAGUCAAACAUUGCUGACUACUUUCCUGAAUAUGACGGUCCACCAAGAGAUGCACAGGCUGGUCGAGAAUUUAUACUUAAAAUGUUUGUUGACCUGAACCCAGAUAGCGAGAAGAUCAUCUAUUCGCACUUUACCUGUGCUACGGACACCGAAAAUAUUCGCUUUGUAUUUGCCGCUGUGAAAGACACUAUACUUCAAUUUAACUUAAGGGAAUACAAUCUUGUCUAG